AUGGGGGCUGAUCAUAGCCGUCCUGAUACAUUGGACGAUGACUACGAGACCGUCGUUGCACCUCAUCCAGCUGCAGCCUCCCCGUCUGCGACGGUGGCUUCCCCAAGUUCGAGUAAGAAGGCUCCAGCGACGCGGCUUUGGCGCUCCGCUAAGGGCCCGGACGGGAGCGUUCGUUAUAAGUUGGCGGACAAGUCGAUCGGUUGGAAGUUCACGCAGAACCCUCCGCAAAAGACUCGCGACGGUGACGACGACGAUGAGGACGACGACGAUUACAAACCCGAAGGCGAGGAGGAGGAGGAGGACGACGAGGGGUACUGGUACUUCGUUGUGGCAGGGAGGAUCUGCGUGCGCGUGGACGAGGGGUUGAAUAUCCAGUUCAACGACCAGCAGCGCCGCGUGGACUUCACGGACUUCAAGAGCGUGUGGGCCAUCAAAUUCGCGACUGACGACGAGUAUGCUGACUUCUGCCGGCAGUACGACGCGUGCCUUUUUGAGAACACUCACGGCAUGUCGUACACCGAGGCGAACGCGGCCAAGGUUAUGGGGAAGGAGUUCGUGGGUUGGGCCAAGGGGGAGGAUGCGGAGGGAGCGAUGUGGGAGGACGCCGCGGAAGAGCUGCCGGACGGAGAAGGCGCGCUGUCGCCGUCGUCGCGCAAGGAGUCGUCCAUCACGGAGAGCUACGAGGAGACGCCCAAGGGCAAGAAGCCGCUGGGCUUCUCCAUGGGCGCGCUGGCGAACAGCUACUUGAUCCACGAGGGCGGCAUCGACGUGUACAAGAACCGCGAGGACGGCGUGCAUUACGCGGACGGGCUGAGCAUCGCACUGGAGAAGAUGAGCAUGAAGGACGGCGGCACUCCCGCCACGGCGAAAAAGGGCCUGCUGCUGGACCGCGAAUCCACCAUGCUGCUCAUGAACCCUGGGGCUCCCACCGGCUCGCCCAGCCCGGCACAUUCGGCAGGGCUGCGGCAGCUGGACAUAGAGACGGGGAAGGUGGUGGCGCAGUGGAAGUUUGAUAAGGAUGGCACGGAGAUCAACAUGCUCGACGUCACGGGCGACAGCAAGGCCGCGCAGCUGCAGGCGGGCUUGUCCACAUUCCUUGGGCUGGACAAUAACCGCCUGUGCCGCUGGGACAUGCGUGACAGGGCAGGCCAAGUGCAGACACUGGCUUCCACCCUGGCAUCGCCAGCCGCGCUCACGUGGUCCGAUGGGCACCAGUUUUCGCGGGGCACCAACUUUCAGUGCUUCGCUACCACUGGCGAGGGGUGUGUGGCGGUUGGGUCACGGGAUGGCAAGAUCCGCCUGUACUCCACAACCUCCAUGCGCCAGGCAAAGACAACGUUCCAGGGCCUUGGGGGCGCCAUCACGCACAUCGAUGUGACAUACGACGGGCGGUGGGUCAUCGCCACCACAGACAAGAAGCUCAUUCUCAUCUGCACGGGCUUCAGGGACAAGGAGGGCAAGGAACGUUCUGCAUUCGUUGCCAGGGCUGGCGGCAACCUCGCUGCAGCAAGGCUGCUCAAGCUAACCCCUGAGCACGCACAGAUUGUUGGGAACUUCAAAUUCCAGAAUGCCCGCUUCUCGUGGGUGACAGAGAGUGACCGGCAGGAGAAGCACAUUGUGGCAACAGUUGACAAGUACACUGUCAUCUGGCCCUUCCGCCGAGUCAAGCAGCUUGAGCAUGACUGCUACACGCGCCAGGUUGGGCGCCUCAAGGAGUGCACAUGCUACCGUGUGGCUCCUCGCAACGAGUGGCUUCACUGCGCUUCUAGGCAUCGGAGGGUGAGGUCGGACGAUGGCUACCUCUUUGAUCACGUCAUGGCGGCUCAGCAAGCAGCGGACCCGCGCGCCCAUCACGGCGGCAAUUCUCAAGGCGGGUUGGCAACGGGUCAGGCGACGUCGAAUCGGUACCGGCAGCACCCGCAGUACAUGCUGUCGGAGAUCCCGAGCAUCGAGGAGGAGGACCACGCCGCUUACGACGACGCCUCGCCAACCGGUGAGUCGGCGGUGCAGCCCGUGUCGCGGCGCUCACACUCGUACUCGCGCGCCGGGUCCAUGGGCAGGGAGACGGAGGGGCAGGGCGAGCGGGAGUGGGAGCGCGAUAGAGCGUACGAGCGAGACAGGGAGCGGCAGCGAGAUGCUCCCGUGCGGGAUUGGAGGGAGGGCGAGCGCGAGAGGGGCAGUGGGCGAGAGAGGGGCGGGGCAAUGGAGUACGGCAAGGGGCGCGAGAGAGAGGCAGAGGCGAUGAGGAGCAGGGAGUCGGAGAGGAGUGGCAGCUGGAAGGAGAGCGACAAGCACAGAGGGGAGCGCGGCAAUUUUAGGGACAAUGAACGAGGUGCUGGCGAGAGGAGUGCGGGUAGUUCUCGUGAGCGCGAUCGCCCGGACAGGGGCACGGGGAGCUCGCGGGAGCGCGGUGAACGCGUUGUGGCGAGCGGCAGCGUGCGGGAGAGGGAGCGUUCCUCGGGGGCCACGCCCGCCCACGCGGGGGAGGCGCGCUACGGGUCGCCGGCGGGUCCGGUGGCAGCGCUGAAGCAGAGCGCGCGGCACCGGCGCAUCCGGUCGGAGGACGCGUCGAUGUUCCACCGCAUGCUCGCGCAGGAUCACGCGGGCCAGCCCCCCGCCAUGUCCGGAGGUGGGGGGUCGCCAGGCGGGCCACCGGGCGGCCGGAGCCCAGUGGCGCGACCCAUGACCAGCGGCGCGGCAGGCGGGGCGGGCAGCAGCCGCUUUCAAGGGGGGCCUGCGACCGGCGGAGCUGGUCCCAGCGGAAGCGCUGUGCGCGGAAGCGGGUACGGCGGCAACGCGAAUGGCGGUGGCGGGUCCAUGUCGGGCGGGAUGAGCGGCGGUAGCGGUGGGUCGGGGCAGCACGUGGCGGCGCGAAGCCCGCUGGAAGGCGUAGGCGAUCGGUUUGCGGACUAUAGCGGGGGCGGAAGCGGCAAGGAACGGCGCGCGCAAGUGACCCAUCGAUUCCCGUCGUCGCGGUCCGUGUCCGCCGUGCCGUCACACGCCCUCGACCACGACCGCUCGCCGGACUCCCCCGUCCGCGCUACUGGCGGGGGCAUGCGCGCGGGGGCGGGCGUGGGGGGGAGCCAGAGCCACAAGGAACAGCCUCCUCGCGCUGCGCGGGUGGGCUCGCCCGCAGCUGGGGGAAGGCCGGCGCCGUCGGGGAGUGGAGCUCCGCGCGCGGCAAUGGGCGCGGGCUCUGGGCGGGGGUCGGGGAAAGGCGACGGGGCGUGGGGCGGCGCAGCGGAGGCGGUGGCGGGUCGCGUGCGGGAAGUCGUCGACAUUCGCCCCCAGGCGCUGCCGCGCCCCAACAGCGGCGGCGGCGUGCGCAGGGCGGCGGGGCUGGCAGGCGGCGGAGUGGACCGGUCGCGGUCGACGGACGGCAGUCCCGACCCCGGCGACAUGGGGAGUGGCGGCGCGCGGGGGGGCAAGGACGAGGGCGUGUGGGGGCGCAAGGCGAAGGGCAAGGGGGGGCAGCCCAUCACGGAGGAGGCGCUGGAGCAGCAGCUCAAGCUCUCCUCGCACCGCCUCUCCGCCGUCUCCCCUGCCUACUCCACCUCCCCGCCCCACUCCCCUCCGCGCGCCACCUCCUCGCGCCCGCAUCCCGCGUCGUCCACCUCUUCCACUGCCCACGGCGCAUCGGGGGGAGCUUCUGCUCCGCCCGCGCAGACCUCCCCCGCAGCCAGCCGUCCCGCCGGGCGCAAUCCGCCGAUGCGGAUGACUGCGCGCAGCGCCAGCGGUACCUACUUCAGCUCCGCCGCCGCUGCUGUGGCGGCCGUGGGCGGAGGGCAAGGGAUGGGCGGGGAGGGAGACAUGCGCGGGGGGCGCAAGUACGGGGGGAAUGGCGAUUCCGCCGUGGGGGGAGCACAGGGGGGCGCGCCUAUGCGCGGUGGAGGGGGGAGUUACGGCGGUGGUGCAGGCAGCGGGAAUGUUGGCGGCAGUGCAGCGGCGGUGGCGGCGGCAGCAGGCAGCGGCGGCACCAACAGGCUGCGCCCCUUCGAGGAGCCCUCGCCCGCGGAAGCGCGCCCCAAGCCGCGCCACAGGCGCAGUGAGAGCGCGGGCCCGGGGUACUUUGUGGGCGGAGGGGGCAUCUGGGGCGCCGUGGCGGGCGCGAGCAUGGCGCCGAAUCUGGGCGCGAACGGCCCCCAGGCGCUGGCGCUCAACUUCCUGGCGGGCGCACAGCAGAGCGACGCCGUGGUCAGCAGCGGGGGCAGCGCGCACGCCCGCGCGCAGAGCGCACAGGCCAAGGUGGGCGCAGGUGCUGGCGGGGCGGCUGGCGGAGGGGGUAUAGCGGGACGGGUGGGGAGCAGCGGAGGAGGAAGGGAUGGGGCAAGCGAGAGUGGUGGGGCGGGGGCGACGGGAGGGGGAGUGGGGAGUGCGAUGGCGAGCAGCAUGGGCGUGGAAGCGGUGCGAGCAGGGCUGACAGCCAUCAGGACAGGCGGGCACGGCAGCGCCAAGCACAUCAAGGUCGGUGCCUUCGCCAACCAGGGACCCGCCGCUGCCGCCACCACCGCUGCAGCCGCCACGGCAGCAGCAGCGGCGGCGGCGGCAGCAGCAGCAGUGGGGCCGGACGGGUCGAUCCCACUGAGCACGAACCUGAAGCUCAAGGUGCGAGGAGGCAUGUCCAUCAGCGUGCCGCACAGCAACACCGCUGUCAGCCCUCGCGUCUCCUCCUCUGCCACCGCUGGCGCCUCUGCCAGCACGCCCACGCACGCCAGUCCGCGCAGCGGCAUCAACUCGCCGUUCAACAUGGCGAGUCCGCGCGAGGGCGUGAGUCCGCUGGCCAGCCCCAUGGUACCGCUGGACCCCGAGAAGCUGUGGGCGCUGCAGAACUUCCAGCGCUCCACGCCCGUCUCCACGCCCACCGCCUCGCCCCGCCCUGGCUCCCUCUCGCCCCCGCCCGCGGCGCCCCCACGCACGCCGAAUGUGAGCGACUACUACUACAGCGCCAAGUCGGGCGAGGCGGGCAGCCCGCGCCGUGUGGAGGAGGAGGAGCAGCAGGUGGAGGAGACGCCGGCGACGGCGAACGUGCUGCAGAAGGAGGUGGUGGAGCUCAGCGAGCUGUACCGGCUGUCCCGCAAGGAGCUCGGCCGCGGCAACUUCGGGGUCAUCCGCGUGUGUGAGAAGCGCGACACCGGGGAGCGGUUUGCUUGCAAGACCAUUGAGAAGAAGAAUUUGGAGUGUUGGGAGGACGUGGAGGACGUGCGAAGGGAGGUGCAGGUGAUGGAGAUGCUCAGGGACCACGCUAACGUCAUCAAGCUCGUGCACACUGUUGAGUCGCAAAAGGAGGUGCAUCUGAUAAUGGAGCUGUGCGAGGGCGGGGAGCUGUUUGACCGCAUCCAGGACAAGGGCUACUACAGCGAGCGCCAGGCCGCCAAGGUCACGCGCACCGUGGUGGACGUGCUGCAGCACUGCCACUCGCACGGCGUGCUGCACCGCGACCUCAAGCCUGAAAACAUUCUGCUCACCAGCAAGCGCAGUGACACGCGUGUCAAGGUCAUUGAUUACGGCAUGGCCUACAUUUUCCAACCAGGCGAGCGGUGCACGUUCCGGGCGGGCACGCCGAACUACAUCGCGCCGGAGGUGAUCAACAAGAACUACGGCGUGGAGGCGGACGUGUGGAGCGCGGGCGUGAUCCUCUACAUCCUGCUGUGCGGCCUGCCGCCCUUCUGGGGUGACACCACGGAGGAGAUCUUCAAGAGCGUGCUGUGGGGCCACCUUGACUUUGACACCGACCCCUGGCCCCAGGUGUCGGACGCCGCCAAGGACCUUGUGCGCCGCAUGCUCUGCAAGAACUAUGCCAAGCGCAUCACCGUUGAAGCCAUCCUGCGUCAUCCAUGGAUCUGCAGUCUACCUCCCUCGCACUCCUGUAACACUUCCUCCUCCCCCACUCAGCAGCGCGCCGCGGUGCCGUCGCUGACCAAGGUGGUGGGCACGGUGGGCGGCACGAGCCGCAGCGUGGAGACCCUGGAGGCGCUGCUGCUCGCGGGAAUGACGGUGGCGCGCUUCGACUUCUCCCAUGGCGACGCGGACUACCACCAGCACACGCUCGAUAAUCUGCGCAUCGCCAUGCGCCGCUCCAAGAAGCUCUGCGCCUGCCGUGACGCACGUGGGUCCCUCGAGUACUCCCUACCCCACGUCGCUCUUGCUGCUCCUGGCAUGAGCAAUGGCUGCGCCGCCCCUGCCGCCAUGCAUGCCGCCCCGGCGCCAUGGCAGGUGAUGCUGGACACGGUGGGUGCGGAGCUCAUGAUCGCCAACCCCGGGGGGGCGCCCAUCACGCUCACGGCGGGCUGCGACAUCACCCUCUCGCCCGCCUGCUCCGCCGCCUCUGCGUCCUGCCUGCCGCUCUCCUUCCACGGCCUCGCGCAGGCAGUGCGGGCGGGCGACGAGAUCUUUGUGGGGCAGUACCUCUUCACAGGCGCCGAGACCACGUCCGUGUGGCUGCAGGUGCGGGAGACUCGAGGGGUGGACGUGGUGUGCUGCAUCCGCAACAGCACCACCCUCGCUGGCCACUUCUUCACCGCUCACGCUGCCCGGGUGCGCAUGGACAUCCCCACGCUCACAGCAACGGAUAGGCAGCACAUAGCGACGUGGGGACGGCGCAACAACGUGGACAUCAUCUCACUCUCCUUCACUCGCCACCCCGACGAUGUUGCACAGACGAGGGAGCUGCUGGAUUCGUUGGGUGACCUGAGUCAGGCGCAGAUCUACGCCAAGGUCGAGACCAUGCAGGGUCUGAAGAAUUUCGAGGGCAUAGCGGAGGCAGCGGAUGGCAUCAUCCUGUCGCGCGGCAACCUGGGCAUUGACGUGCCGCCGGAGAAGGUGUUUGGCGUGCAGAAGUGGGCGGUGGCGCAGUGCAACGUGCGCGGCAAGCCCGCUGUGAUCACGCGUGUGAUGGACUCCAUGGUGCUCUCCCCCCGCCCCACGCGCGCUGAAGCCACUGAUGUCGCCAACGCCGUGCUCGAUGGUGGGUGCGGGGAAGAGGGAGGGGGUGUAUUCGGAGGAGCGGAUGCAGUGCUGCUGGGCGCAGAGACACUGAGGGGGCUGUUCCCUGCUGACACCGUGGCCACUGUGGGGCACAUCUGCGUGCAGGCGGAGCGGGUGUUCAACCACGCGGGGCACUUCAACAGGACCGCCAACGCGCUGCCCGACCCCGUCUCACACCUCGAGACCAUCUGCUCCUCCGCUGUGCGCACGGCGGAGAAGGUGCGUGCUGCUGCCAUCAUUGCCUUCACCUCCUCCGGCCACACUGCCAGGCUAGUGUGCAAGUACAAGCCCUCCAUGCCAGUGCUGGCGCUCAUGGUACCGCAUGUGUCCACAGACCAGCUGUCCUGGCACCUCAUGGGACCCUUCCAGGCGCACCAGUGCCUGGCAGUGCGCGGCCUCUUCCCCAUCCUUGCUGACGUCAUGACCCACGUGAGUCCAGCAGGGAUGGGGUUGGAGGGGGGUAUCGGCCCUAUCAUAGGAGGGAGGGUUGGCACAUGUACUGCGAGCAUCAGUGCAUGGACGCCAGAGGAGUGGGUGCUGCAGGCAGCGCUGGAGCGGGCGGGCACCAUGGGGGUGGUGCGGGGCCGUGACCGUGUCAUCGUGGUGCAGAAGAUCCGAGACGCCUACGCUGUGCGCAUCGUGCACGCCUCCCCCACCUGA